AGGAAGUCCCAGAAAAUCGAAGUGCCAACGAAGAACUCGAAUCGAUUGGGAGCCAAAAGGUGAGCCUUUUCUGCAUCAGAACCCUAAUUCCGUGCUUAUUUGAUCCAGCAAACCCUUAUUCAUAUAAUCACCAUUGAAACAGAAAUCUGAAUCGAAUUUUUUUUUACAUUGUUGUACAUGAAACUUUUGUGCACCUUUUUGGAGAUUCACUGAGAAAGAUAAGUUUUUGGAUAGAUUUUCAACAAGCCCAGUUCUCAGAUUGGUGGUUUUGGUCCAUUUUAAUAUUGGGGUGUGUAAAUUUUCGUGUAUUUGGGGUUUUCUCGAUCUGGGUCUCUUAAAAUUGAUGAACUUUGAGUUGGGUUUUACAUGUAUAAGAAGGAUUUCUAAGUUUUCUACGAAGCCCUUUUAUUGUGAGGCUUUGAAGAAGCUCUAUAUCAUGUUUUUGUUGUACCAAGAUUUAUUUGUCAUUGUUAUGUAAUACAGGCAUUUAGCUUGAAGUAUUGUAGAGAGGGAAAAAGAGAAAGUAAAAGGGGUUGUUUAUAGAUGGGGAAGCCUUUGCUCUAUGAGAUCUUAGAAAAACCAGCCACAAGUUGUGUUAUAGGAGUAUGUAGUGCAAUAUGGUUUUACAUACAGAAGAAAAAUAUUGGUUAUUCACAUGUGGGUUUGAGUUAUGAAACCUCCAUUGAAGGGCACCAUUGGAGGAUAAUAACCUCAGCAUUUUCUCAUAUAAGUGUUCUUCAUCUUGUUUUUAAUAUGAGUGCACUUUGGAGUCUUGGAGUAGUGGAACAGUUAGGGAAUAUGGGCCUUGGUGUGGCAUAUUAUCUUCAGUAUACACUUGUCUUGGUUGUGUUAUCAGGCGUGUUAGUUUUGGGGAUGUACCAUGUGCUGAUCCAAAGGUUCAAGGUCGAGUAUUUUCGGAGAGUGACAGCUGUUGGAUAUUCUUGUGUUGUUUUUGGGUGGAUGACGAUUCUUGCUGUGAAGCAACCUUCUUCAAAGUUGGACCUUUUCGGGUUUCUUUCGCUUCCCAUUAGUUUUGCACCAUUUGAGUCACUCAUUUUUACUUCAAUUAUUGUUCCACAAGCAAGUUUUCUUGGGCAUUUAUCAGGAAUCAUUACUGGGUAUGCUAUUGCAUGGGGUUUGAUUCAUGGGAUGAACAACUACUGGGGAGUUUCUAUGUUGGGAUGGACAGCGCUUAUGUUUGUGUUCAGUUUGAAGCGAUCUGGUGCUUGUGAUUUCAACUUUCUUGAGAUCGAAUCUGUUACAGAUCCUUCCUUGCCAUCUGUGAGGUUUAUGGCAUCAGAUUAGGUUGAGAGGUCGUAUCAUAUUGAGUUACACAUGGCAUGCUAUUUGGGUAAAAUGAAACUUCAAAACAUAUCCGGUUAUAUGACAGUGAACCAGCAGUCUGGCCACUCUCUGCUUAUGUGACCUUGCCAAAUCAUAUGGUUUGGCAUAAAUUUUUUGGUGGUGCUAUCCUUGAUGCGUUUCUGUUGGAACUUGUAUGAUCAAGCUUUGAUUUGGCAAUGGCUGUUUGAUUCUGUUGGUGACGUAUGUUGUGUGACCUGGGUGACUGAUAACUGUUUUGCCUUUAUGUGUUUCACAAUGGAGCAAUCUUGUGGAUAUCUUUGCAAGGAAGCUUUUGUGGCAGCGGGGUGAUGAUAGAAUUUAUUUACUGUAGAGAAGCCUUUAAGUGUCAGAUUUGUUAUUUAAAACAUCUAGUAAAUGUUUCUGUGGACAAAUUCUUGCUGAAAAUAUAAACCCUUGAUUAAUUCCAGCUGCAAUCUGUUCUGUAUCCCAGCUCAAAAUUUCCACCUUCUCUAUGAAGACAGGAGGAUGUGGUGGAAAGGACUGUUCCUCUGAAAUCCAUAUAGAACUUCAAGUUAA